AUGAAUCCUAAAUUUACCUUUGUAUUCAUUUUGCUUAUUCAUUUCUUAUGCCUAUUCCACUCCGUCUUUCCCUUUACCGUAGACCACGUAGCCCUCGUAGCGAUUAAGUCUCGAAUCACACUUGACCCUCGCGGAGUUUUAAACACUUGGAACAACUCCCUUCCGGUUUGCGAGUGGGAAGGUGUCACUUGUGGCACCAAGCAUCCACAUCGAGUCGUCGGUUUAAAUCUUCCAAACAAUAAUUUGGUGGGAACUCUAUCACCUUAUGUGGGCAACUUAAGUUUCCUUCAUGUUCUAAAUUUAUACAACAAUAGCUUUAGAGGUCACAUACCACCUCAAAUUGGAAAUCUAUUAAGGUUAAGGUCUCUACAGUUAGUUAAAAACACCUUUGAAGGCGAAAUUCCAGCCAACGUAUCUCGUUGCUUAAACCUCAAGCAACUUCAAUUAUCAGGCAACAAUCUUGGUGGAUUUAUUCCAUCUCAACUUAGUCUCCUUACUAAGUUACAAGUUUUGUCACUUUCUUAUAAUCGACUUAAGGGUGACAUCCUUAAUAAGGUCGCCAUAAACUUGACUUCCUUGCAAAUAUUGUUGGCUUCGAAUAACUCCUUUCACGGAAGCAUUCCGGACAACAUUGGAGUAGCACUCCAAAAUUUAGCUUACAUUUAUAUUUCUGGAAAUAAGAUGUCAGGUAUUAUUCCUCCUUCCUUUUACAAUCUUUCUCGUCUUCAACAGGUUAGUUUAGAAAAAAAUAAGUUCCAUGGUACACUUCCCUUAGAUAUUGGGUUCCGCCUUCCUCAACUCACCGCGUUUUUCAUAGGUAAAAAUUCCUUCCAUGGAAACCUACCAACUUCCCUCUCAAAUCUUACUCAGCUUGAGCAAUUAGGUCUUUAUUCAAACAAAUUCACAGGAAAAUUCAUUUUUAGUGCUAGAAAUAUGCCCAAUUUGUUAUUCGUCGAGGUCAACUCUAACUACUUGGGUACUAGAGAAGCAGAUGAUUUAAGUUUUCUACAAACUUUUGCAAAUUGUAGUAAGUUAUACCGUUUGGAAGCUUCUUUUAAUAACUUUGGAGGGAUUUUACCAGCUUCUUUAGGUAACUUGUCAGAACUAACUGUAUUUAAUUUUCCAUAUAAUAAAAUUUCAGGAAGCAUUCCAUCAUCUCUUUAUAACCUUAUUAAUUUAAGAGUACUAGGCUUGCAAGGUAAUCAAUUCACUGGAAAUCUUUCGCCUCAGAUUCAGAAGCUAACUAAGUUAGAAUUAUUUGAUUAUAAUGAUAACUAUCUCUCUGGAACUCUUCCUAAUUCAUGGGGUAAUUUCUCACAUUUGAGUGAGGUCAAUCUAGCUAACAAUAGAUUUGAAGGAACAAUACCCUCGAGUCUAGGUAGUUGUAAUAAUCUAUUGUAUUUGACAAUCUCAAAUAAUAGGCUAAGUGGAACUCUACCCCCUCAGUUAUUCCAAGCUUCUUCGAUGUUAGUUGAGCUAGGAUUAUCCUACAACCAAUUACAAGGAGUCAUCCCGGUUGAAAUUGAGCAACUAAGAAAUUUAGUUGUGUUGGAUAUGUCAGGAAAUUCGUUUUUAGGAAAACUUCCUACCACCCUUGGUAGUUGCAAUGAGCUUGUUGAGCUACAUAUGGGAGAAAACUUGUUCACCGGGUUCAUCCCUCAGUCUUUUAAGUCAUUAACUGGUUUACGAGUUUUAAACUUGUCUCAUAAUAAGUUGUCUGGUCCAAUUCCAAGGUUCUUAGAAAAUUUUCCAUUAGUAGGACUAGACUUAUCUUUUGAUAAUUUUGAGGGUGAGAUCCCUAGGAAAGGUGUUUUUAUGAAUUUAAGUGGAUUGAAAAUUCUUGGAAAUAACAAGAUUUGUGGAGGGAUUCUAGAGCAUCAUUUGCCAACAUGUCCACCUAAUAAUGAUUCGAAAGGAAAGGGGAGUAAAUUGUCUGUUGUCGUGAUUGUGAUCAUUGCAGUAGCUUCUUUGGUUGCGGGUGUGUCCAUAGUGUCAUUAGUAUACUUCCUACUUUGUUCAAGGAGGAAACGAAACAAACCGUCUCAAGGAUCCGAGAUAAACUUGAUAGAGCCCUUCUCGAAAAUAUCAUAUGACAUGCUUUCCAAAGCUACAAAUAGAUUUUCGGAAGCAAACUUACUUGGUGCAGGCCAUUUUGGGUCUGUUUACCAAUGA